AUGGUUCUCUCACUCAACUACCGCAGACCGGCUCAUGUCGACUCUUCACGCACGUCCAUCAACACCGAGAAGACCGAGCAGAGCACAGGCGAGUCCGUGAGCUCUGCUAGCAGCUGUCCCUAUGGCAUUCCCGAGGCUCUCUCGUUCGAGAAAAUCAUUAGCGGUGGGACCUGUCCUCCUGUCUCGACCCGCGAGUUUAUGGACUUCCUAGUGUACAUCGAGCAUGACGCCGAGAACCUGCAGUUCUACCUCUGGUACAAGGACUACGUGAAGCGUUUCUUCCAGCUGCCAGAGUCCGAUCAGGCGUUGGCGCCAGAAUGGACCGUCCAGCAAGCCACAGCCGAGCGUCAUGCACAGGAGAAGGAGAAGAAGGAGAAGAAGUUGACAACCGACACUGCUGCCCAUCUGAAAGGCACUGAUUUCGAAUCUCCUCCAAAAGCGACCACGGAAGCUGGCUACAACCCAUUCAAUACUCCUCCCCGAACACCAAAUGGUGGCGACUAUGCUUCAAGCCUGGCACCAUCCACCAACGGCACGGCUGUCUACAGCGAGCAGGGUUCCACGCUCCGCUCUAACGGCACCGACCACACCAAGAAGACUGCCAACGCCUUCGAUGCCGUCGACGCCUUGCAGCCCUUCACCGUGCAGCCUUUCCGUGAGGAAAUCUCACGCAUCAUCGCCCUCUACAUCGCCGAAGAUGGGAGCAGAAUGCUCAAUUUGUCAGCUCGUGAGAGGACAACCGUCCUGAAGGCACUCUCUGUCACAACUCAUCCUUCGGCUCUUCGAGACGUCAUUGCCACCGUGGAAUGGACUCUUCGUCACCAGGCUCAUCCCAACUUCAUACGCUGGACCAUUUGUAACGGCAACCCACCUCGACAAAUGUUCGCGCGCGGCCUUGGUGUCUUCGGUAUAAUUGGUGGACUCGUCUACGGUGUAGUCAUCACCCUGAGCAGCGCCAGCCGCGGAUGGCGCGCUCUGGCUUUCCUCGCAUUCCUCAUCGGCAUCUCGACCCUCUUUGCUGCGUGGAAAGGCAUGUGUGUCGUCCUCCACGGCAUGCACCACCGUCACCUACGCCCAUGGGAGCUCUUCGCCGAGAGCAAUGACGCACAGUCCGAGAUCGACCUCAAGAAGAAUUCUUUCGACAGCUUCGGCACCAAGAACAGCUACGAAGACGAACCAUGGAUUGCCAAGUACGACCACCGUAAUGUCAUCCGCAAGAUCUUCGAUCGUGAAGUUUGGAUCCAGGAGCCUGCCCUGCGAUCUAUCCAGGACACUAUCUUCAUACAAGCGAUCCUUACCGGUGUCAUCAUUGGCGGUAUACUUACUGCAAUCUUCCUGGCCGUGCCCAAAGGAAACUUCUUCUAG